AUUACAUUAUAAUUUUUACACUUCAUAAUUUAUUAUUAUAUUUAUCUUUAAUUUUUUUUUGUCUUGUAUAUAGAACCUAUAAAUAGCGAUUUAUCACUCACCGACACACGCAGCAUUGCAGUUUUUUACAAAUUGUACACGCACUUAGACGUCUAGCUAACAAUCAACAAACUGACAAUUUUUCAUUUUGCGCAUUAAUGUAGUAACAUUUCAUAUCGCACCAAAAUAUGGAUAUUGUGUGUAUUACAAAUAUUGACGAUGUAUUUCAGAAUUAUAAUAAUUCAUUACACCAAAAGAAGAAAGCUUUGGAAGAAGUAAAACAUGCAAUUAGGAUGGUUAACUGUUCUAAAUUGUAUACUUUUUCGUUUGAACUGUUUGAAGAAUUAGAUUUGGAAGAAAAUGAUGAGUUAAAAAUAUUUUAUUAUGCAGAUGUAGUUAUAGUUGAUUUGUCAAUAAAUAUUCGACAUAGCUCUUUAUUUUAUUACUUGGGCUGUCGCCAAAAUAUUGGAAUGAAUCAAAACAUAAUUUUAUAUGAAAAUUUAGAUGAUGAAAAUACAUUACGUCUAAAGUUGUUUUGUGAUAACUCUAUUAAAUUUAUUCCAUAUAAAUUAGCUGAAUGUGGUUUAUGCCUUAUAUGUACUAAUUCUUCAUUUCUUGGCAAUGACAGUUCAUCUGCUAUUGAAUCUACUAAAUCAGUUGCAGUAACAUUAGAAGAUUUGUUAAAAAAUUUUAAAAUUCAAUCCAAAGUUUACAUUAAAGAGAAAUUUUUAUCAGACUUAAGAACAGUUACAAAAACUUACUCUAGCGAAAUGUUACACAAAAAAUUGCUCACUAUGAAAAAAUGUCUAAAAGAUCCAUAUGUACUUACUGUUGAUGUAUUAUACAACAUGAUGGAAGCAUUUUGUAAUGUUCAGGACUAUGAUGGAGUGAUUCAACUUGUUAAAGACGUACAAAUUAUUCCUGACAAAAAACAUUUUAUACAAACACCAUUAUUGCAAUACUUAUAUUGUUUUGCUUUAAAUAGAAGUAAUAAACCUGAGUAUCAAUUAAAAGCAAUGCAAUUAAUAGAACUUUCAUUGACAAAAAAUGAAGGGUUAAUACCUGAUUUAAUUUGCCUUUAUGGUCGUAUUUAUAAAGACAAAUUUGUCGAAUCUAUUUUUGAAGACAAAGAUGCCCUUACAAAUGCUAUUUAUUGGUAUAAAAAAGGAUUUGAAAUGCAACCAAAUCUUCAUGCUGGAGUUAAUCUAGCAACACUAUUAUUAGUUGCUGGGAAUGAAUUUUCCAAGUCUGAAGAACUUCAACGUAUUGGUAUUUUUUUAAAUAAUUUGAUUGGCAAAAGAGGAAGUUUUACAUCCAUCAAAGACUACUGGACUAUUGCGACAUAUUUUGAAAUUAAUGUGUUAACAGAAAACUAUGGCAAAGCCAAUAAAGCUGCUGAAUAUAUGUUUAAACUAAAACCUUCAAUUUGGUACUAUAAAUCAACAAUUGGAAAUAUUAAACUAAUUUGUGAAUUUAGAAAAAAAAGAGGUACCAUAAAUGCUGAAGAAAAUUACUUUAGGUGUUGGAUGGAAUAUUUUAUAAAUGCUACUAAACAAGAAAUUGACAAUGACAUCCACAGCUUUCCUGUCAUAGUUUUAGAACCAUUAAAAGUUUAUUUGCCUAGCUAUAUUAAAGUAAACCUUGAGGUUGAGAAAAAAUCUAUUUCUCUACACAAACAGUGUACAAAAUGUACCACAAAAGAUUGUAAACAAAUGCAGAAUUGGAUAUUUCUUGGUAGUGCGAUUAGGAGUGUUAGCUUUUGCAAAAUAGAUGAACGGUGUUUAUUUUUAUGCGUUAACACAAAUUAUGAUAGUUUCCAAUUAUAUUUUCCAUCAUCUCAAUAUCGUCAAAGGUUUUAUGAUCUUAUUAAAAAAAUGAUAGAUUAUGAUGAAGGGAUUACAACUAACUUGAAUGAAGAUUUGGUUAAGAAACAAAUUAAUUUUGUAUAUGAGCUUAAUGAUGAUAAGACUAAAAAAGUUCUUGGUCGUGGAACAUAUGGAAUUGUUUAUGCAGCUCUUGAUUGCAACACAAAAAAGCAAAUCGCAAUCAAGGAAAUACAGGAAAUUAAUAUUGAUCAUGUUUGGCCAUUACAUGAAGAAAUAAAUCUUCAUUCUCAACUGUAUCAUCGAAACAUUGUUCAGUAUUUAGGAUCGAUAUCUGAAGGUGGUAUUUUUAAAAUAAUUAUGGAACAAGUACCAGAAAGUCUUUCUUCUUUAUUACGCUUAAAAUGGGGACCAUUAAAAAAAGACGAGCCUGUUAUUUCAUUUUAUACUAAACAAAUUCUUGAAGGAUUGAAAUAUUUACAUGAUCAAAAAAUAAUACACCGUGAUAUUAAAGGUGAUAAUAUCCUGAUUAAUACGUUUAGUGGUGUGGCAAAAAUAUCUGACUUUGGAAUAUCUAAACGUCUUUUUGAAUUGUGUCCCACUACUGGAAGUUUCACGGGUACAUUACAGUUUAUGGCUCCUGAAGUAAUAAACAGCAAUUCAAAGGGUUAUGGCACAGCAGCUGACAUAUGGUCAUUAGGUUGUACAGUUGUAGAAAUGGCGACAGGUAAAGUACCUUUUAUAGAAUUUGGAGAAGCAGCUGCUUAUACAGUUGGUUAUUAUAAGAAACAUCCAGACAUACCUGUUGAACUGAGUGAUCAAGCAUACCGUUUUAUACGUCGGUGUUUUACUUUUGAUCAUAAUCAGCGAGCAACAGCUACUGAUUUACUAAAAGAUUUAUUUUUUAAUAAAAGAGAAUAUAAUUAAAAGCAAUCGCACCUCUUCAGAUUUAUCAAAGUGUAUCUAUGCCAAAAAGUUUAAAUAGGUAUGAAAAUUAUUAAAUAGGAUUUAAGUUGAUAUUUAAUUAUGUCAGUU